AUGGCUGAGGCGGUAGAAAUCGCCAAGCAUCCCAGUGUUAACAGAAUAGAAGGUGUGGAACUGGCAAGCGUGUGGAGAACGGUCUUGGGAUACCCAGUGGGUUUGAUUAGGUGUCAACUAGGGAAGAUAUUGGCUCCAGUAUCCAGACCCAGUAAGGAAUGGAUUGGCACAGCAGUCAUUCCAUAUAAAGCAGGAACAUCGGAGGUUAUUCGAAGAUUGUUGAACUUAGCCAACAUUCGACUUUUCAGAAAGGAAGAAACGCUACGCUCAGUUUUGGUGCAAUUGAAAGAUCCCCUGGCGGCUGAAAGGACUAGGGACUGUGUGUACAAAAUUAACUGCAACGAUUGCGCUAAGGUUUAUAUAGGACAAGCUGCCAAGGAAUUGCACACCAGAAUUGGUGAGCAUAAAAGAAGCAUUAACAAACCACCAAGGAAUGCAGAAGAAUACCAAACGCUGGUCAAAGACUCAGCGAUGGCGGUACAUACCUUAGAAACGGGACACAGAAUAGAUCUGGAGAAUGUGGAAGUUUUAAGACGGAGAAUGCGAUUCACACCACAGCGGCUGAUAGCCGAGGCGGUGGAAAUUACCAAGCACCACAGCGUGAAUAGAAUCGAGGGUGUGGAGCUAGCGAGCGAAUUUUGUCUGGAGAUCUCUGAGGAAAUCCGAUUCAAACAACUAGAAAACCUCAACCACAAGCAAAGCAAUCACACUACUAUAUAUCAAGAACAUUUCGGAGAUGACCGCCAGGAUACUACGGCAGCAUGCCAUAAAAUUUGCCCACACACUGACCGACACGCUGCGACGAGCAUCAUAAAAACCAAAGGGGAUGAUUAA